ACCUCUUAUCCCUAAACCCUCUCUCUCCGCCGAACCUCAGACAAGCAUUUCAUGGUCGCCAAUCGCUCCUUGCUUCUUUCCAUUUGAUUUCAGAUUCCUCCGACCACCGGGCGUGCCUGAAUUCUCCCACAAACAUUAUGAAGAGACUGAUUGCUUUAGGGUUUGAGGGUUCAGCAAACAAGAUCGGUGUUGGUGUUGUGACCUUAGAUGGCACUAUUUUGUCAAACCCACGCCACACAUACAUUACCCCUCCCGGGCAAGGUUUCCUUCCCCGAGAAACUGCACAGCACCAUCUCCAAUACGUUCUGCCGUUAGUCAAAUCUGCUUUGGAGACUGCACAAGUAACCCCUCAAGAGAUCGAUUGCCUUUGUUACACCAAGGGUCCUGGAAUGGGAGCACCACUACAAGUUGCUGCAAUUGUUGUCAGGGUUCUUUCACAGCUCUGGAAGAAGCCCAUUGUUGCAGUUAAUCAUUGUGUUGCACAUAUCGAGAUGGGAAGGAUUGUGACUGGUGCAGAUGAUCCUGUCGUGUUGUAUGUAAGUGGUGGGAACACACAGGUAAUUGCAUAUAGUGAAGGGAGGUAUCGAAUCUUUGGAGAGACCAUUGACAUUGCUGUUGGAAAUUGCUUGGACCGGUUUGCCAGGGUCUUAGAGCUAUCCAAUGAUCCAGCCCCUGGAUAUAACAUUGAGCAGCUUGCAAAGAAAGGGGAACAGUUUAUUGACCUCCCUUAUGCUGUCAAAGGGAUGGACGUGUCUUUUAGUGGAAUCUUAAGCUAUAUCGAAGCCACUGCUGUGGAGAAACUAAAAAACAACGAAUGCACCCCUGCAGACCUGUGCUACUCACUUCAGGAAAAUGUGUUUGCAAUGCUUGUUGAGAUAACAGAACGUGCAAUGGCACAUUGUGAUACAAGAGACGUACUUAUUGUUGGUGGUGUGGGUUGCAAUGAGCGCCUGCAAGAGAUGAUGAAAACCAUGUGUGCUGAACGGGGUGGAAGAUUGUUUGCAACUGAUGAUAGGUAUUGUAUUGAUAACGGGGCAAUGAUUGCUUACACUGGUCUUCUUGCUUUUGCUCAUGGAACAGCAACGCCAUUGGAGGAAUCAACUUUCACGCAACGGUUCCGGACUGAUGAAGUGGAAGCAAUCUGGAGACUGAAAGAGGAGUCGGCAAGAGUUAACGGGUAAUGGGAGUAGCUAAUUCUGGUAGUUCUUGAGGUAUGCUAUAAAUCGAGCAUCAAUGUUGAAUUAUUUGGCUCAAUAGUUUGGUCGUGAUCAUGUUUGCGAAGCAUGGUGCUUGUCUUUAUGGUGUAUGUACCUAACUGAAGUAAAUUGGUACUCUUCACUUCACAAAGGUCUCAGACUUUUUCCUCAGUUUUUGUAAUAUAAUAUUUUGAUAAUG